CAACUCUCCACUGCCCAACAAUGAGCUGGGAAUAAAGUAACGGAUAUUGCGGAUUGGUUAGUUAUACUCUUCGUGUCCGAGACUCCGAGAUCUGAUUUUAUACUCCAAGAAACUCUUCACACUCUUUGAUACUGAUUCUGAUUCCGCCGGAAAACUUUAAAAAAAAAAAAAAAACACUGAAUCGACAUCCAUUCCAGGCUGAAAUUUAGUGAUGAGUUUUAAAUUCUCCGAUGAUCCCAUCACAAGGGAGUUCUAUAUUCCGACGUAUAUCUUUAAGCCUGAGGUCGUUGGUGAGACUGAGAGUUCACCGGAUGUACCGUCCUGCCCGGUGCUAGUGUUCGUCAAUUCUAGAAGUGGGGGCCAGUUGGGUGGAGAUCUUCUUACCACUUUUCGCUCUCUGCUCAACAAGUACCAGGUCAUUGAUUUGGGAGAGGAAGCACCUGAUCAGGUUUUGCGUAGGUUGUAUCUGAAUCUAGAAAAGCUCAAGAGCACUGGUGAUGUGUUAAGUUCAAAACUCGAAGAGAAAUUGAGAAUUAUUGUUGCAGGCGGGGAUGGCACAGCUGGCUGGCUUCUCGGAGUUGUUUCUGAUCUCAAAUUAUCUCGGCCACCACCAAUAGCUACCAUGCCUUUGGGAACUGGAAACAACCUCCCGUUUGCAUUUGGAUGGGGUAAGAAGAAUCCAGGAACAGAUACCCAGUCUGUGCUCUCAUUCCUGAUCCAAGUGAAGGAUGCAAAAGAAAUGAACAUGGACAGUUGGCAUCUCCUGAUGAGGAUGAAAGCACCAAGACAGGGUUCUUGUGAUCCCAUUGCACCUCUUGAAUUGCCUCACUCUUUGCACGCAUUCCACCGGGUAUCUGAAUCUGAUGAGCUUAAUGUGGAAGGGUAUCACACAUUCCGUGGUGGAUUCUGGAAUUACUUCAGCAUGGGGAUGGAUGCACAAGUAUCUUAUGCAUUUCAUUCUGAACGGAAGCAGAAUCCAGAAAAAUUCAAAAAUCAGCUUGUUAAUCAGAAAACAUAUGCAAAGCUCGGAUGCACACAAGGAUGGUUUGCUGCUUCAGUCUUUCAUCCUUCAUCAAAAAACAUAGCUCAGCUUGCAAAGGUUAAGGUCAUGAAAAGGGGUGAAUGGACAGACCUCAAAAUUCCACACAGCAUCAGGUCAAUUGUAUGCCUCAACUUACCUAGCUUCUCAGGUGGACUGAACCCUUGGGGAACACCAAAUGUCAACAAACGCCGUGAUAGGGAUUUGACUCCCCCAUUUGUAGAUGAUGGGCUUAUAGAAGUUGUUGGUUUUAGAGAUGCCUGGCAUGGACUGGUUUUGCUUGCUCCAAAUGGACAUGGGACACGUCUUGCACAGGCACACAGAAUCAGAUUUGAGUUUCACAAGGGGGCAGCUGAUCACACCUUCAUGAGGAUUGAUGGGGAGCCAUGGAAACAACCCCUCCCUGUAGAUGAUGACACCGUCGUGGUAGAAAUCUCUCAUCUCGGCCAGGUUAAGAUGCUUGCCACCCAAGAUUGCAGAUCCAGAAGCUAUCUUGACCCCUCGACUCCACAUCAUGAAGGCGAAGAUGGAGACAGUGGUGGUGAAGAAGAUUCAAUCUCAGAAGAACAGAGAAAGUUUGGGGCAGCAGACACAUUCAAGAUUCCAGAUGAAAUUGACAUUUCUCAAAUCAGUUAAUAUCGUUGUUUCCUGCUGUUACUGCAUUGGUAUUCUUUAGCACUUGAAAACUACCAGAAUUGCUGUGUGUUUAAAUCUUUAUAGCUGGUAAAAACUACUAGAAUUGCUGUGUGUUUUAAAUUUUAUAGCAACAGCCUUCAAUCUAGGAGUCUUGUAAUUGUAAUAAGCUGUAGUUUCUUGGAUUGUUGCAUAUGUAGAAAAUGAUAAUUAUCAGUUCUUUGCAAA